AUGGCCACCACCACCUCCCACAAUUUGUCUCCACCUUUGCAAGAAGCCCUCCCGCUCAUCGAUCAACUCAUGACUCCGACUAACGGUGAAGAAAAGAGAAAAGGAAAUAUCGAAUUCAUCGCGGAGGAGGAGGAGAGUGUGGCACUUCAAAUAGGAUUGCCAAGCUUCAAUGAAGUCGAUCUCAUCUCAAGAGACUCAAUUCCUAAUGACCCUUCUACGACAUUGACAAUCGAGGAAUUAGAGAGAAAGGCCACAAGGGGUAGCAAGUAUUGGAUCCCUACCCCGUCACAAAUCCUCAGUGGGCCAACUCGAUUCUCCUGCUCCGUUUGCUCCAAAACUUUCAACAGAUACAACAACAUGCAAAUGCACAUGUGGGGGCACGGGUCGGAGUAUCGAAAAGGGCCGGAAUCCCUGAAGGGGGCGCACGCGAACACGCCGGUGCGCAAAUUGCCGUGCUACUGCUGCGUCGCGGGGUGCCAAAACAACAUCGCGCACCCGCGCGCGAGGCCGCUCAAGGACUUCCGCACCCUCCAAACGCACUACAAGCGCAGGCACGGAGCCAAGCCCUUCGCGUGCCGCAAGUGCGCCAAGGCCUUCGCCGUGCGAGGCGACUGGCGCACCCACGAGAAGAAUUGCGGCAGACUCUGGUACUGUGUGUGUGGAUCGGACUUCAAGCACAAGCGAUCGUUGAAGGACCAUAUCGAGGGAUUCGGCACCGGCCACGCGGCCUACGAGAUCGACAUCUUCGAAGAUGUCGACAAUGAGCCCUCGUCAAAGAUUGAUCAAGGUCGUAGUGUCCUCGGAGAACAACUAUCUUUCUCCUUAUAA